AAGAUGCUGAGUGGGUGGGAUCUAUAGCCUUUUUGUCUUGCUAGGCUGCCAAUCACAACUGCUAGUUCGUGUAAUCCCCUCCUCCUUCCACCGUGUCGGGGGUGUGGUGCUUUGUGAGGCGGAGAGGAAGAGGUAAUCGGAACACUGCUCUCAAAAGACUGCAUGAGCUGGGUGAAAAACAAGGAGGCAACGGAGGAGUGAGGAGAUAGAGGGAGUUACCACCCUCAUUUUGAAGGCACAGUGGAAGAAUACAGUUGCUUAUAGGUUAGAGAAGGUUUUGAAGGCACAGUGGAAGAAUACAGUUGCUUAUAGGUUAGAGAAGGAGACAUGUUCCCUGGUACUGAAGGCCGCAACCCACAUCGACUCACUGAGAGGAGCACUCAUGAGCUGUAUUACCUAAACGUGCAAAGAGCGAGAGAAAGACUGGAGAAGAUGGAAAAUAAUGGCAAAAGGAAGCUGAAGGUGUGCGUGGCCACCUGUAACCGUGCCGAUUACUCCAAGCUGGCACCCAUUAUGUUUGGCAUGAAAGCCAACCCAGAUGUUUUUGAGCUGGAGGUGGUGGUGCUGGGAUCUCACCUUAUUGAUGAUUAUGGAAACACAUUCCGUAUGAUCGAACAGGAUGAGUUUGACAUUGGCUCUAAGUUGCAUACGAUUGUGCGCGGGGAGGAUGAGGCGGCCAUGGUGGAGUCCGUUGGCCUUGCGCUUGUCAAGCUGCCCGAUGUCCUCCAGAGGCUCAAACCUGAUGUCUUGAUUGUCCACGGUGACCGGUUCGAUGCUUUGGCCCUGGCUACGGCAGCAGCCCUUAUGAACAUUCGCAUCUUGCAUCUCGAGGGAGGAGAGGUGAGUGGCACUAUAGAUGAUUCCAUUCGGCAUGCAAUAUCCAAGCUGGCCCACUACCAUGCCUGCUGCACACGCAGGGCUGAGAGCCACCUCAUCGCCAUGUGUGAGGACCAUUCCAGAAUCCUCCUGGCUGGCUGCCCCUCUUACGACAAACUGCUGGCUGCUCACAAACGUGAUGAUUAUGCUGAUAUUAUCAAGGCUUGGCUGGGAGACGGUGUCAAAGAGCAAGAUUACAUCGUAGCGUUGCAGCAUCCUGUAACAACCGACAUUAAGAACUCCAUAAAGAUCUAUGAGUUAAUGCUGGAUGCACUCAUCUCAUUCAACAAGCGGACAUUGAUUCUCUUCCCCAAUAUUGAUGCUGGCAGUAAGGAGAUGGUGCGUGUGAUGCGCAAGAAGGGUAUUGAGCAGCACCCCAACUUCCAGGCCGUGAAGCACGUGCCCUUUGAGCAGUUCAUUCAGUUGGUGUCCCACGCGGGGUGCAUGAUUGGCAACAGCAGCUGCGGUGUGCGCGAGGCAGGAGCCUUCGGCACACCCGUCAUCAACCUGGGCACCAGGCAGACAGGACGAGAGACAGGGGAAAAUGUUCUCCAUGUCAGAGGUGCAGACACUCACAAUAAAAUCUACCAUGCGCUGGAACUUCAGUUUGGGAAGCGAUACCCCUGCUCCAAGAUCUACGGUGAUGGAAAUGCAGUUCCGCGCAUCCUCAAGUUUCUGCAGUCCAUCAAUCUGGAAGAGCCACUGCAGAAGACCUUCUGCUUCCCAGCAGUAAAGGAUUGCAUUUCUCAGGAUAUUGACCACAUUUUGGAGACCCAGAGCGCCCUCGCUGUGGACCUGGGAGGCACGAACCUGCGUGUAGCCAUUGUCAGCAUGAAGGUACCCAGCUCUUUUAAAGACAACGCCUCAAGCCAAAUUCAGUGUCAGGGUAAAAUAGUGAAGAAGUACUCCCAAUCAAACCCUAAGACCUACGAGGAGAGGAUAGAUCUCAUCCUGAAGAUGUGCAAGGAGGCCUUCAUUGAUGCUGUGCAUCUGAACUGCAGAGUCCUUGGAGUCGGUGUGUCAACGGGAGGCCGAGUCAACCCCCAAGACGGUGUGGUGCUCCACUCCACAAAGCUGAUUCAGGAGUGGAGCUCAGUGGACAUCAGGACCCCCAUUUCCAAUGCACUGCACCUGCCUGUGUGGGUGGACAACGACGGGAACUGCGCCGCCUUGGCUGAGCGCAAGUUUGGCCACGGAAAAGGCGUGGAGAACUUUGUUACCAUUAUCACAGGAACGGGUAUAGGUGGGGGGAUUGUCCAGCACAACGAGUUGAUCCAUGGUAGCACAUUCUGUGCAGCAGAGCUCGGUCACAUUAUGGUGUCUCUGGACGGACCAGAGUGUAUGUGCGGCAGCCGUGGCUGCAUUGAGGCGUACGCCUCUGGAAUUGCCCUGCAAAGAGAGGCCAAGAGACUGAACGAUGAGGACCAGCUGUUUACAGAAGGGAUGGCUUUAAAGAAAGAAGAACCAGUCAGUGCCGUUCACCUGAUCAAUGCUGCUCGUUUGGGCAACCCUAAAGCUGAUGCUGUUCUGAGAACAGCUGGCACAGCACUGGGUGUUGGUAUCGUAAAUAUUCUCCACAUGGUGAAUCCGGCCAUGGUGAUUCUCUCUGGGGUUCUGGCCUCCUUCUACGAAAACCCUGUGCGACAAAUCAUCAACCAGCGUGCUCUCAGCUCCGCGCGGGACAUCCAGGUCAUGAGCUCUGAGCUGGAGGAGCCUGCUCUGCUGGGUGCUGCCAGCAUGGUGUUGGACUACGCCACGCGCAGAACUUACUGAACAUCUCACCUGGAGAGGUCAUUCUACGGCAUCCUCGCCCUUAACUUCAGACCUCCUGCUGGACCCCAAGCCUGAGACGGCUUUAUGAUUUGUUGUUUUUUGACUGAGAGAAAAAUGCCCUGACCCUGCCUACUACCUAAACAUAUGCCUUCUGCAUUUCAUUUUUGAUGGAUAGGAUUUUGGAUGGAUGGAUUUUAACCUUUGUUUUUCACCUGAAACCUUAUUUGUUGAUAUUUUACACAGUGCACCAAAAAUAUGCUGCCAAUUGUUUUAUAGCGGAGGCCCAGCCUCUCCCAUCAGAGAGCUACCACACGUAGUUGACAGAAGUCCAUGUACAUGUCAUCUGCUGUGUUUAAUUUAUUUGUACGAUUUAUACGACUUGAAGGACUGAUGGUUGAAUUUGGGAUCAAACACUAGUCUUCCCUGACAGGUGUGACAUGAGUGACAGGUGUGACACGAGUAUGAAUUCUGUUGUCAUUGUUUGUGUCGUAAACUGAAUUAGCAUGCCCACAGCACAAAGCCAUUUUUAACAAUCCUGGAGAGGACCAUAACUGUUGGUAGAACUUGAGCACAGCAUCGCCAGAUAAAGUGCACCUCAGCAGUGACAUAGACAGAGGCACUAUGUCUUGAUAAGCUUCAUUAUUUAAUAAGCGCUCCUUCUGUUGCCUAACUAAUUUGAUUUAGUCCUGAUUAAUGAAAUAAGGACCAUGGAGUAGGUACUAUGUACAUUCAGAGUUCAGUGUAUGUAUGAAUCAGUCUGCGGUAGAUAUUGCGGGGAUCUCACCAUUUUGUAUGGUCACCAAUAUAGCUAAAAUGCUCAAUUGAGACAGGUACAAUACCAAGGAUUGCAGGCACAGCAUACUCUUCAAACCACCUCAGAAUCUCUUGAGACACCUUGUACCAGCUGUGCAAUUAAAUGGAGAAAUUAUAAUAUAUAAUUAUAUUUUAAUUGUAAAAUAUAUAUCAUACAUUAUAUAAUAUAUGUAAUUCGUAAUAAAGACUUAACUAUAGAAUAGCAAUGACGCACUAUUUCCAUGGGCAACAAUCUCCCAGUAACAGCUGCAUGUCACUGUAAUGCCUUGUGACAUUCUUGUGUGAAUACUGGAUUUUAGUGUUUCUUGUUAUUCUACAGUUUAUCAGGUGUGUUAGAAAAGACUGGUUCUAUAUCACUGGUGUAAAUGGGGUUGAAGCACCAUGCCUUGUCUGAAUGUCAAAGACGUCAUAAUCUUCACAUUCACCUUCAGUUGCACCUUCAGUGCAUUUAUGACGGACUCAGUGGUCUGUCACGUAUUUACAUAUUGUGCUUCAUUUUGUCAUUUUUGUUUACAGCCCACAUAACCACCACAUUCGUUAUAAUCGCAAAUGUGCAACUGUGGAGAUAUGAUAGGUAAUUGAGAGUAUUUAGAUACUCAUGUAUGUAUGUGAGUGUGCAUGUAUGUAUAGCACAUAGUUUAAAUAAUUUAAAAUUAGACAGAGGUGCCUGAUAAUUCAUGAUUUAAAUAUAGAGACUAUCCGAUAGAAUAUCCCAUAUGUAUAGAAAUGUAUUUUGCAUUGUACAAAAUCUACUUGUCUCCAUGCCAUUUUAUGAGUUAAGAAGUUUUUUUUUAUCUGAUGUAUUCUGUAACAAUUCUGGAGCAAUAUUCUCAAACAAAUUUGUUCUUUUACAAAUGUGUUAUUCCAGCAAAAUCAUUACAUGUUUGAGUAGAACCCACUAUAUUCAAUGUUUCAUUUCAGUGAAAAUAAAAUGUUUAUUUUGUGAAAACAAACACUAUGAAAAUUGAACAUGACAAAAAUGUAUGAUAUUUUGACCAAGGGUUGAUAAAUUGAACCACAACAAAACCUGUAUUGGUCUGAGUUGAUUGUAAAUCUGUAGAUCAUUUAAGAUGUUUUUGUUCAUGAGGCCACAAAGAAUCUUUGAAAAUGA